AAUUGUUAUUGUACUAGUUUUGAAUAGAUUGCUAAUUUGUCAUACACACAGUCAUAUGCUGGAUGGUUCUGCUACCUAUCGAAACAGUUACUUUUCUGUUAAAUCCCAGUUUACGUUUUAGCGACAACAAGUGCACCCGCCAGUGUUUGUAAUAAUAUCAAGCUUCGAAAAUUCAAGGAAAUACACCAAAUGGAUACAAUUCUGACAUCUCAUCUGGCCAAUCUAUACUUUCCAGAGGAUCAUCAACACGAUAACCAACCCGUUAUUGGACCACAAUUACAGCCUUAUUUAGAAUCUAGCCUCUCCUACGUGGAACGUGUGUCAGACUGGUUGGAACUACCGUAUCGCAAGUUCAAUCGAGAAUCAAAUUUUGCCGUUGUCCAAGAACGUCCCUGGGAUAAUAUUUCAGAUGUUUCUGACACGCCUACGGAGGCAGCUUUUACUUGCCCACCUCCGACGAUAUCACCAGACACGGAAGAUAAUGGGCCAUCAACCAACCCAUGGGAUUCUAGUCCAUCGUUGGUACCACAAAACAGAGAAAAUGAUUUGGAAGCUAUGCGCCCCAUAGGGAUGCAUUUGGAUCAGGAUAUCGAUCAGCAAGUUCAAGCGUCCCGGUCACAAACGCAGUUUAUGCAAGCAUCCCCACCGCCAGCCAUUAAAGUUGAAGCAGAAAACCCGGUUUGUCAGUACGAAUCCAAUCCGUUCGCCUUUCUGUAUCAACAGUUAACUCCCUGGCAGCUGCUGCAAACUCCUAUCACUCCACCCAAUCUAACACCACUUCCGAAUCAGAUAACCGAUAAUACCGUCCAUGGUUUCUUUCCCGGUCAAGCCACCCAGAAGCAGCCAGAUACUGUUUGGUAUCAGGAACAAUCAGCUUCCAACAGUUGGAAUUCACCGGCUGUGCCACUAGAACGCGGCCUGCAAAUGGAGCAUCAAUUUUUGAACACAGUGAGUUCUAACACCCAUGACAUACCAGCGGUGCUUCCUAUCAAAGCUGAAAUACAACCCGUCUCUCCGGAGUACAGUGUAAUAUCAGAAGCUCCGGCUGGCGAAGAGCAGCAACAAAAUCAGUGCUUGGAUAUGCCUGAUUUGGGUCAAGUGGAACACUUUCAAACACUACCAACCUCGUCGGAGAAUCCAACGUCGCAGAAGAUUGCUGCCGCCGAAACUCCCAAGGAUACCAUAGCUGUCGAUAUUAAAGCAUCAUCUCCGAACAAAGAAAAACCGAAGAAAAUCCGCAAAAGAUGUAACAUUCAAAGUGAUAACGAAUUAUACUGUACCGAAUGCGAUCGGUACUUUCUGGGGCAUACCGGCUUUACCCAGCACCAGGACGUGUAUCACAUGGGACCACGGCCGCACAUUUGCACCUUCUGUGGCAAACGGUUCCGCGAGCUGGAGCGUCUAAAGGUACAUGAAAAGUGCCACAACGGACUGGAAAAACCGUACAAGUGUACCGACUGUCCGAAGGGGUUCCAGCAUGUUCAGGCCCUCCGGCGACACUUUGAUAUACACCACUCGAAACCGUCCAUGUUCUGCGAUUACUGCGGCAAGGGUUUCGUGCGGAACGAUCAUCUGAUGUCGCAUCGGGUGUCGCACCAAAACAACAGAGUGAAACCGAGGACGAAGAAACCGAUUGUGCAAUCCUCGGGUCAGGGGGUAGUAUCGUAAAUGUUUGUGAUAGUUGUAUAUACAGACGAUAAUAAAAGAUUUGCUUAUCUAAA